AUGAAGGGCGUCGCCACUCUCGUCGCCGCCGCGGCCCUCGUUGGCCAGGCCCUCACUGCCCCCCCUGAGCCUCCCACUCAGGUUUUGGAGAAGAGAGCCAGGCCCACUGUCUCGAUUGCUCAGGGCAAUGUUGUCGGUGUCAGCCGCAUCAACACGGAAGCCUUUAAUGGCAUUCCGUUCGCCCAAGCCCCCGUUGGUCCUCUCCGCCUGAAGCCUCCCGUCAGAACCACCGCUUCGUUCGGCACAUACGACGCUGGCGGCAUCGCCGCUGCCUGCCCUCAGUUCUUGGCCGAUACCGACUCGGAGGAUCUGCUCGCCAAAAUCAUUGACACGGUUGUCAACACUGCCCUGUUUCAAAAGGCACUCAAGAUCAGUGAGGACUGCUUGAACAUCAACGUGAUCCGCCCAGCUGGCACCAAGGCCGGCGAUAAGUUGCCAGUCCUGUUUUGGAUCUACGGUGGUGGUUUCGAGCUUGGAUGGAGCUCCAUGUAUGACGGAGGCCCGCUUGUCUCCAAUGCCAUGGCCGCCGGCAAGCCCUACGUGUUUGUUGCUGUCAACUAUCGUGUGGGCGCCUUUGGCUUCAUGCCCGGCAAGGAAGUCCUCCAGGACGGCUCUGCCAACCUUGGCCAUCUUGACCAGCGCAUGGGUCUUGAGUGGGUCGCCGACAACAUUGCUGCGUUUGGCGGUGACCCAGACAAGGUCACCAUCUGGGGCGAGUCGGCCGGUGCCAUUUCUGUGUGGAACCAGAUGUCUCUCUACGACGGCAACAUCAACUACAAGGGCAAGCCCCUGUUCCGCGGUGCCAUCAUGAACUCGGGCAGCAUUGUCCCUGCUGACCCCGUCGACUGCCCCAAGGGCCAGGAGAUCUACGACACUGUGGUUGCCCGUUCCGGUUGCGGCGGUGCUGCUGACACCCUCAACUGCCUGCGCAACUUGCCCUACGAGACUUUCCUCGAGGCCGCCAACUCUGUCCCGGCCAUCCUCUCCUACAGCUCGGUGGCUCUUUCUUACCUGCCUCGCCCUGACGGUGUUGCUCUGACCGACAGCGCCGACCGUCUUGUCAAGGCUGGCAAGUACGCCGCCGUGCCCAUGAUCAUCGGCGACCAAGAAGACGAGGGCACCCUCUUCUCGCUUUUCCAGAAGAAUGUCACCACCACCAGCCGCCUCGAAGACUACCUCAGGGGAUACUUCUUCCACGGCGCCACCGCGCAACAGGUCAAGGGCCUGGUCAGCCAGUACUCGCCCCUGAUCUCAGCCGGCUCACCCUUUGGUUCCGGCCUCUUCAACGAGAUCUACCCCGGCUUCAAGCGCCUGGCUGCUCUCCUCGGCGACAUCGUCUUCACGCUCACCCGCCGUGUGUUCAUCGAGUACGCCAUCGCCGCCAACCCCAACGUCCCCGUCUGGUCCUACCUGGCCAGCUACAACGAGGGCACCCCCAUCCUGGGCACUUUCCACGGCAGCGACUUGCUGCAGGUCUUUUAUGGCAUCCUGCCCAACUACGCGAGCAAGAGCAUCCAGAACUUUUAUGCCAACUUUGUCUACAACCUCAACCCCAACGACGCGUCGGGCGGCACGAGCGCCAAGAGCAAGGUGAAGGAGAACUGGCCAACGUGGAACACCAAGGACAAAAGACUCAUUCAGUUCUUCAACAACCGGAACGGGUAUCUGAAGGAUGAUUUCCGUGAGGGGGCCAAGCAGUACAUUGCUGCGAAUAUUGAUGCUCUGCAUAUUUGA